AUGGGCAAUGCCUGCUGCAGCGGUGGUAAGGCUAAAGCGACUAAAUCGCGAAGGAAUUCCUCAAGUAGAGAAUUCCACACGCACAAGGAAUCUUUACGAUAUCACACAGCGCAUAGUUUCGAAGACGACUACAUAUUAGAAAAUGACGUACUUCUACUUUUCAAUUUCCUAUUAGUGUGGUUCCCUUCAUCGAAAUGAUACUAAUUGUAAGUACACACAUCAUUUCACAUUAUUUUCGUACACAGAUAAUCAUACUGUUUAUGUUCAUGACCUCCUCGUCAAAAUAACGAAAAACCCACUACAAUCAACAUUCACAGGGCAACGAAGUCCUUGGUAGUGGCUACAACGGAUUGGUGAAGGUAUGCGUGUCCAAGGUGACACAGGAAAGAUGCGCGGUGAAAGCAUUCACAAAACAGAGCGCGAGCGCCAGCGCGCCCGACGCAGAAAGCACAAGGCAACAUUAAGGCGGAAAAGAAACUAACUCCUUCCACGCGAAUCCCGUGAAGAUACUGAAGAGGUAACCCGUGCCAGAUUCUCGGGGUGUACUGAGGCAAGUACAGGCUCGAGUAUUUUCACGGGAUUACUUUACGAGGAAGGUUAGGGCUAGUUCUAACAACAGAUGAUACAAAACGAGUGCGAAAUAUACCUGUCCAUGGACCACCCCAAUAUAGCCAGACUUAUGGACGUCUACGAGGAUCAAUUCAGCAUGUAUUUUUCUACCAUCUUGAGAAUCUACUACUUUACGCGUGACUGAUGCUGAUCAAAAAGUAUCUCAACUUGACUUGCUCAUUUUCUAGAAGUAAGUGUGAUGUUUUUUUCACGAGAAAGUACGUUUUUGACGACUCCUGCUCUUCAACAAAGAAAGCUCGCCGUCAUAACGAGCAACAAAAACUCUUGUCCAGAUUUUUCGUGAUGGAGUUAUGCUCCGGAGGCGAAUUGUAUGCGCGUUUGAUAGCGCAGAAGCAGUAUACGGAAUCAAUGGCGCAGGCGGCUGUCAAGCAGAUGCUUCUCGCGACAAAUUAUCUACACCAUCACGACAUCGUUCAUCGAGACCUCAAACUCGAAAAUUUUCUCUACUGGAACGAGGUAUAGUAACGAACUACCUAGUGUAGUACUAUUAUUCGUGGAUAUUUUUAUGUAUCCUACUGAAGCGAAGUUGGAUGAUGAAUUGGGAUCAUUCAUGCAUGGAAUUAGACAGAGAACCUCAACAGUGCUACAUAGUAGUACAACACGGCACAGAGACAGACCCAGGCACAGGACUAAUCAUCCGUCAUUGCUGAUCCUCAUCAGGAAUCAGACGUGUUGAAGAUGAUAGAUUUCGGUUUUUCGCACAUUUUGGAGGGACAGACAAAAUUAAGGAUUGUAAGUUGACCCCGCUAUGCGCAUAUCUAUGGCUUUCCCAAGGGGGAAAAGGAAAGAUGGGCCAGGUAGAUAGGUCAACUUUCAACCCCUAAUAUAGCCUAUAGCGGCAGCUUGCGGCUCCAUUUCUUAUAUGGCUCCAGAGGUGGUGUCACAAAAGCAGGAGUUGUUAAGGGUUACCCUAAUCCAUCUUCUGAAGCGUCUUGGACCUGUCCCAUAAGUGGAAAACAGGUCUAAAAGGAAUCCAAAGAUGUAUUGGGGUGAGCUCUAAAGUUCAUAACUCCGAAGGUAGACAUGUGGUCUCUAGGGGUGAUCACGUUCAUGCUCCUCGCUGGUUAUCCUCCCUUUUCCGGAAACGAAAGCGAAAUUAUGGAAAGAAUACAGGCCGCAAACUACUACAUGCUACCAGAAAGGUUCUCUAGAUUUCUUAAACUAGACUAGAGUUACGACCGUCAUACUCACUUAAAUUCAAAUUAAGUAAUGAUACUCAACACACUAAUGAUAAAUACCAAAUCUGAACCUGGACGAGAUACUUACCUCUGAUAAUUUAUUUUUAUCAUACCAAGUAUAUUUUAAGAAGAUCGUAGUUGUCGUCGUCGGGUCUAAGAUUUUUCGGUUGUGGAAUUCGCUUUGAUGUCAUUUGUUGUCGUCUUGAAGAUACCUUCUUAUAUUCAUUUACAACAAAUAAUAGGUGGUACAACGUUUCGGCGAAAGGGCGUGACUUUGUAGAAAAACUGCUGGUCGCCAGCCAUAGCCGGAGAAUGUCUGCGGAUGAAGCGUUGCAUCAUCCAUGGGUCACAGAGGCGAUUGCGCCGAGAAGUAGCGCGAAGAGUGUGAACGAAGAGUGGGGAACAGAAGUGCUCAAGGGAAUCCGAGGUUUUGCAGCAGCCUCGCACUUUAAAAGGGCGUGCCUUAGCAUGAUGGCAUGGGGGCUGGCGCCGCAAGAAAGAGCACAGGUUUAUUAUAUGAAUUUGAUAAUUUUAAGAUGAAUGUAGUUAAUUAGUAUUUUUAAAAUGUUCUUUCAUAAUACAAAUACACCUUGUUCAAGUAAAUGAUUUGCCUUCGCUAUGAUCGACAUUGAAGCGUGAAAUAUAAUAAUGAUGUUCUUUUAUGUCGAAUGAGCGCUCCCGCGAACGACUUGUCGAAACGACUCACCACCAGGUUCGUGACCUCUUCUAUAUGAUGGACAAGGAAGGCGAGGGGUACGUUACCCUUGAGGUCUUCAAGGACGCGUUGCAAGAACACUAUCCGCAUCAAGUGGCCAGCGAAGAAAUCAUACGUCUCUUCAAUGCCAUGGACACAAACCAUGAGGACAAGAUUUACUAUUCAGACUUCCUAGGUACCUUUUCUACCUGUAUACAUCCACUAGGUCGUGCCUCUACCUGUUUAUAUCCACUAUCCAGACUUCCCAG